AUGAAGACAAGGUCAGCAAUUUGGUUGAGAUUUACUAGGGUAGGUGAUGGAGAAAUAUCAAAAUGCAAUUAUUGUGGGAAAGUCCUUCAAAGUAAUUCAAAAAGUGGAACUUCUAGUAUAUGGAAGCAUUUGGAUAGUUGUCCUACAUAUAAGGCUAUUCAGUUUGGUGACCAACAAAGGACCUUAUCUCAACAAAAAAAUUAUGGUGGUAAUGGUAAUUGUAGCAUGUUUAAUCUUACAGCAUCAGUAUAUAAUAAAGAAGAAUGUAGAAGAUAUCUAGUUAGAAUGAUUAUAAUUGAUGAAUUGCCCUUUUUCCUUUGUGGAGGGUGUGGAUUUUAA